AUGGCAGACGACGCUCCUCCUCCGCCAGCAGCCGAAACACCAAACGGCCCGCAAAAGGAUCUGGAAACAUUAUUAAACGAUGAGCGAACGCUCCGUACUUUCACCGAGCAAGUCCUGGAUUGCCGACAAAUAGAGCUUGAAGUUUCGGAAGUAGAGAACAAGAGGCUUCUCAAGAAAAUCGACCUGCUGACAAAGGAGUUGUCCGAAACCAGGACUCAAUUAUUGGAGGCACGAGCCCAUUUAAAGACAAAGGACCGCAACCUGCAAGAGGCUGGUGAUCAAAUAUUCCGACUCCAGUCACACCGCCAAGAUAUCACUGAGUCGGAGGCUAGGGAGGCGUACAAGGCGCUCUGCGACAAAAUUCAACGAUGGGUGGAAAACAGACUGCCAUUGACUUUGGAAGGGAUAUCAUCUGGAAAUCUCAAGAAGCCAAGCCCUGCACAAGCGGCGAAAUUUCUCUCUUUGCUUCGUGAACCGGCGAAGAGAUGUCUUACUAUACACCACAGCGAUGAAUACCACAUUGCGGCCGCAAUAUCUUAUUACCUGUGGCUGGCAUUCUUUUCAAAGCCGUUUUAUUGCCCUCUCGAUGAUUCUACAGAGGAUGCAACCAUUUUAUGGAUUGUUGGGAUUGAGUCCGCCAUGGCGAAGUUUAGAGACGCCGAACACUGCCGCGAAUGGAGAAGUGAAACCCUCGUAGCGUUGAGCUCCCAAAAAUCUUUCAAGUCUAGGCGAGAAACGUACAUACAUCUAAUUUCUAAAGACCUGUCAUCGUACAUGACAACCGCAUUCCCAAAAAUCUCAGUCGCCGAGCUCCAAAGCUCCCUCCGUAAGGCCGUGGUUCAACCUGCGGCCGAUCUUGCGCAUAGGUUCCAUACAUCCAGCAGCAUGUUCUGGCUGAAGUGGCCAUUGAAGACGGCCAGCACGCGGCUCGAGGUGUAUGAGUGCUCUAACCUGGCGGAUGGCGGACGCACAGUAGACUUAAGCGGCACAUCACCCGAGUCCGCUGUUCGACGGGACGUCAGAUAUCUUUUCGAUAUUGCGCCUGGGUUGUUCGUGGAGAGGGUCGAAGGCGGGAGGAAGCUGCCAUUAAAGGCCAUCUGUCGGCCCAAGGUGUUGGUUCACGGCAACCAGAGUCAAGUUACUCACAGAGCAACACUUUUGACGUGGCUGUAUAGUGCUACCAGGGAGGGCUAG